UGCAAGUCGAACCGACUACUAUGGGCCCAGCACAGCACACGCUGCCCAGGGCUGCGGAGGAGCAGCGCGGGAGGAGGGGCGCCGGGCGGCGACGCCGAGGGCGAGGACGACGAGGCUGAGGACGAGGACGAGGAGGACGAGAAGAAGCAGCCGUGCGCCGCAGCGGAGCGCGGAGCGGCCUCGGCGAGGCGCCCCGACCCGCGCAUGACCCACGGCGCGGUUCGGGCGGGGACGGCGCACGACGCCGGGCGUCACGCCUCGCACACCUCCUCGGCGGCCGACACGCGCCCGUACACGGCGGCCCCGCAGGCCGACGGCUCCGCUGGUGCGGGCGCGACACCACAGCGCCGCCACAGCGCGGCGCCGCAGCGCCAGAGCGCGCCAGCCCCCCAGGCGCAGCGCUCCCGGACUGGCGUCCCCCGAACCCUCGGCGGCUGGCCCCGCGGCCGCCGCCGCAGCACGCGCCGCGGC